UCCACACUAAACCGGUUCCUCCUGAAUAUCUGCCCCGUUAGCGCUGGCGCUGCAUAUUAUGUGUGCUGUGGGUGAGACAAGAAAGAGCUAAAGGAAGGCGUACCGAAACUGUAGGCAACUGACCUAUUUGGAAUAACAAUAAUUUUGGCGUCGUAGCCUAUUGUUGUAGAGUGCCGACCCCCUUAAUUUUUUUAUCCUGGAGACCGCGGUUCUGCGGCAGGUUUGGGAUGGAGGGCUGUUGUCGUACCUGCAUGCCAUGUUUGAGUCGUUUAUGGAACUGCAUAUGGCCCGAACUCCACUACCCAAACAUCACAAGGCCGGCGGAGAUCCCUACCAUUUCAGGUGAUAUCCGUGUCCCGACCCCGAAGAAGAAACCCACGCAGCUCUAUGCUGCUCUGUUUGAUUUUGAAGCCAGGAGCGAGGAGGAGUUGACUGUGAAGGAAGGUGACAAGCUGUCGGUCAUUGAGAAAAGGGGAGACUAUGUCCUGGCCAAGAAACUCACAGGCACGCUGGAAUCCGGUUUGAUACCAGCUAACUAUGUGGCACUUCUACAGGACGAAUUCGCUAAAUACAAGUGGUACUAUGGAAACAUCAACCGUUUAAAGGCAGAGAAGCUGCUCCUGGCUUCCCAAAACAAAGAUGGCUCCUUCCUGGUCCGUAUUAGUGAGAGCCAUAGUGACGAGUACACCAUCUCAGUCAGGAGUGAAGCGAAGGUCUUCCACUUCCGUAUCCAGCGCUCUGUCAUCGGAGCCUACUUUGUGUCUGACAAGGUGUCCUUCGCCACGCUGGGGGAACUCAUCAAGUUCUACCAAAACAACUCCAAGAGCCUAGGGGUCCCCCUGGAGCAGCCCUGCACACAGAAGAGGGAGCUGUUCGACAUGGAGCCAUGGGAACGGCCGCGCGAGGAGUUCAAGCUGCACAAGAAGCUGGGAGAGGGGCACUUCGGAGAGGUGUGGGAGGCAGUGUGGUCCUCGGGGCCUACCCCCAACCAGAGAGUAGCCAUCAAGAUGCUCAAACAAGAGGACACCAAGCAGGAUGACUUCAUAAAGGAGGUGCAUGCGCUGAAGAACCUCCACCAUCCCAAGCUGAUCCAGCUGAUGGCGCUCUGCUCCAGAGGAGAACCUGUCUACAUCGUCACAGAGCUCAUGACCAAGGGCAGCCUCAAGUCCUAUCUGACCUCUCCAGAGGGCCACAUGUUGACCUCGGCCCACCUGAUCUACAUGGGGAGCCAGGUGGGCGAGGGCAUGGCCUACCUGGAGGACCGCAGCAUCGUCCACAGAGACCUGGCCGCCAGGAACAUCCUGGUGGGGGACGACCUGGUCUGCAAGGUGGCUGACUUUGGACUGGCUCGGAUCAUCAAGGACAGUGUGUACACGGCCAGUCGCAGCACCAAGAUCCCUGUGCGCUGGACGGCCCCGGAGGCGGCCUUGUAUCAGCGCUUCUCCGUCAAGUCGGACGUCUGGUCCUUUGGCGUGCUGCUCUAUGAGAUGAUGUCACGGGGGAAGAUGCCAUACGACGGAAAGACUAACAAGGAGGUGCUGGAGCUCCUGGGUUCAGGCUUCAGGCUGCCCUGCCCCAACCGCUGCCCCCCCAACAUCUACCACAUCAUGAUGCAAUGCUGGAACCCCGAGUGCUCCAAGAGACCCUCCUUCCACGCGCUGCACAGCCAGCUCGACAACAUCUACUCACGGAUCUACUUCAAGACCAUCGAGGUGUAAAGCUGAGCUGGGCGUCUGUCUUAAUGCAGACCAGGUCAGGCGAGCCAGGCAUCAAACUGGGUCUGCAGCGAGGCUGGACAGCUGUUCCCCACCAUAAGGAGCGGAGCAGAGGAGGAGGAGGAGGGGGAGGAGGGGUGAACAUGGAGGAGGAGGAGAAGAGGAGGAUGAGAGCUGAGAAGGCUGGCAGUGAAAAGGAGAAGAGAGGAGGGUGGUGUAGGUACCAAACACUCCAACAAAGGCACUGAAGAACCAGGAAAGGCCAUGAAACGAUUUUGGGCUGAACUAGGGUGGGGGGGGGGGGGUUCUAACGGAGGAAUAAGGGUGGAUAGAAGAGGAUGACAUAACAGAGGAGGAGGAAGAGAAGGAGGGGAAGAAACAUGCUACGAGCUGCCCCUGACCUCAUUACUCUGAAUGAUUAUUAUGACUAAACCACAGCAGAAAGAGAGCCAAACUGUUAAGGAUUUCUGUUGAUUACUGUCUCUUUGUGCCAACUCUUGCAAUCAAUAUUUUGUUUUUUUCAUGUGUAUUUUAGAAUUUUGCUGCUCCGUUAUGAAUUGUGGUUUUGUGCAAUAUAAUAUCCCUUCUUAUUGGGUGAAGAAUGGGAGUGACAAGAGGUGGGCAGGGUACAAGGAUAGAGUAAGAAGAAGAAAAGAUUGAUUCAAAGAUGGAUUGACUGUUACAGGGCUCUGGUCUUGUAGCAUACACAGGCAGCCAAUCACACGGAGGCCAUGUAGGCCAGACGGCCAAUCACGGAGUGACAAUGUUUACACUACAGAGACUCACCCUGUAAGACCCAGUUUAAAAUCACAACAUCACAUUUACAUAGCCAAUGGGUCCUAUUGUCUUGCCUUGCAAUGCCAUUGGAUACAUGUGGUCUUAAAAAAAAAAAGCAAUUAGAGACCUAAAAGUAACGUUGUAAUUUUACAACCAGGGGUCUUACAGUAUUAAAAACAAAUAUGGAGGACGCCAUGGUAGCUACAGAUUUAAGUACACAGAGGACUUUUACAGCAGAUUUUACUUAGUGACUAGAAUUACCAUUUUACAUCCAAUGCUAUUUUUUAAACCUGAUGCAUGACAUACUUAUACUAUAGCAUAGGACUUCACACCUGAGCCUAUGGGCAUCGUUAGACUCUUUUUACUGGGGCACGUGCCCCAGUAUAAAUCUACUGUGCCCCAGUCAAAUCUAAAGUUUGAGUUUUAACAAUUUACUUUACUUUAUUAGUCAGUGCAUUUCGAUUGAUAAUCCCAGAAAAAAAUCAUCACAGUAUCCCUAUCAACGCUUGUAAAAGUGUUUAACCGAAAACACUAACCGAUGCAGAAUUCCAUGUCAGGCCACUGCAGCACGCACA